AAGAUGACCGUCCCACUCCAUUGCAAGACUCGUCACUAGCUAUCACGUCCGCCUAAAAUUUAAAAACGCCGACACACACAGAUCAAGGACAACUUAUCACACUUUCAUCUGCAACAUGCCUGAAGUCUCGACUCGGCCGCUAGGUAGGAACGGGCCCAUGGUGCCGCGCAUCGGCUUCGGCACCAUGGGGCUAUCUUACUCUUACGGCGCACCGAGGCCGGAUGAGCAGCGACUUGCUGUCCUAGACCAUGCCCACAAGAUCGGUGAAACAUUUUGGGACAGCAGCGACGUUUAUGCGGAUUCCGAAGAUCUUCUGGGAAAGUGGUUCGCCCAGACCGGCAAGCGAUCGGACAUUUUCCUUGCCACUAAGUUCGGCGCUAUCUGGUAUGGUCCAAACGACUGGUCUUUCCGUGGAGACGCCGCGUAUGUACAGGAAGCUUGUGAUAAAAGCUUGAAGCGACUUGGGACCGAUUACAUCGAUUUAUACUACCCCCACCGCCUCGAUGGCUCGACUCCGGUAGAAGAUAUUGUUGAUGAAAUGGUCAAAUUAAAACAGCAAGGCAAAAUCCGCUACCUGGGUCUAUCUGAAGUAUCCGCUGAAACUUUACGCCGGGCAUGCGCAGUCCAUCCCAUAAGCGCCGUUCAAAUGGAGUACAGUCCCUUCACAACUGACAUAGAGGACCCCAAGAUUGGUGUUCUUGAAGCCUGUCGCGAACUAGGUGUUGCAGUCGUCGCUUACUCCCCACUGGCGCGUGGCCUUCUGACUGGCCAGAUCCAGAGUCGUGCACAUUUUGAAGCCUCUGACGUUCGCCGCUAUUUCCCACGUUUUUCAGAGGAAAACUUUCCUAAGAACUUGGAAAUAGUCAAGGUCCUUCAGGAGAUUGCUGCGAGCAAGUCUUGCACGGCUGGGCAGUUGGCUUUGGCCUGGUUGCUUAGCCAGGGAGAUGAUAUUUUCCCGAUCCCAGGAACAAGCAAAAUCAAGUACCUUGAAGAAAAUACGGCAGCCAGUAUUGUGGAGCUCACUCAAGAAGAUAUUUUACGCAUCCGUGGAUUGGUUGAGAAUGCUGCGGCUGGAGCUAAAUGGCCUGAUUUCAUGGCUCUUGCAUUGUUUGCAGACACCCCUCCGCGAUGAGGUCGACACGUCCAUUUAUAUGAAGGCUUCAUCGUAUAGAGUAAAAUUAGGUGGCUUUCACUUGCGUUUUUUUCGACGCCGUUUUUUGAUGGUGCCGUUCUGCGGUGGUUUUUAUAGUUUACAGCUGGAGUUCGCUCAACAUCAUUUCAAUAAGCUUAUGAACCAUGCUCAUCCCUUCCUGUUCCUCGUCAUUAGCCAACUUCGAGCGACUUCCGUCGAGUCGACAACACCGUAGCUUUC